AUGGGCGCCACGCCAGAUUCUCAUAAAAGCCCCGUUGCGGCGCUAGCUGGGAGAAGCAGCUCAUGCCGGCGCACGCAGCUGUGCGUAGAUGGGAGGCUGCGCUACUACUCGUCCUCUCAGUCCGUCCCCUCCCUCCGCCGCCGCCUCGAGCUCGUUCUGGCGGCCGCGCUGCUGGUCUGGUGCCAGGCGAGCCUGCGUGUGGCCACGGCGCAGCAGCCGCCGUCGCGUGUGCGCGUGGGCGUCAUCCUCGACCUGACGUCGCUGAUUGGGCAGCGGCGGAAGGUCGGCAUUGAGAUGGCGGUGGAGGACUACUACGCCGCUCGCCCGGGCUCCAGGACCAGGGUCGCGCUCAGCUUCCGGGACUCCGCCGGGGACGUCGUCGGCGCCGCUUCCGCCGCGGUGGACCUGAUCAAGAGCGAGCAGGUGCAGGCCAUCAUCGGCCCGCCGACGUCGGCGGAGGCCGAGUUCGUGGCCUACCUCGGCAACCGCACCCACGUGCCCGUGCUCUCCUCCUCCGCCACCUCCCCGGGUCUCUCCCCGUCGCAGACGCCCUUCUUCGUGCGCACCGGGGCCAACGACUCCUUCCAGGCCGCGCCCGUGGCCGCCGUCCUCGCCGCGUUCGGCUGGCACGCGGCGGCCGUCGUCUACGAGGACUCGCCCUACGGGUCCGGCAUCCUCCCGGCGCUCGCCGGCGAGCUGCAGGGCGUCGGCGCCAGGAUCACGGACCGCGCCGCCGUGCCGAGCGACGACCGCAUCGACGCGAUGCUCUACGGAUUCAAGGCCAUGGCGACGCGCGUGUUCGUCGUGCACAUGAACCCGUUUCUGGCCGUGCGGUUCUUCCGCCGGGCGAGGGAGGCCGGCAUGAUGACGGAGGACUACGCGUGGGUCGCCACCGACGGCGUCGGCAGCGUCGUGGACGCGCUGAGCUCUGACGACGUCAGCGCCAUGGAGGGGGUCGUCAGCCUCCGGCCGUUCGUGCAGGUGACGGACCCGGUGAAACUUCUCCGCACGAUCGACCUGGACCGGCUCGGCGUGUCGGCAACCGGAGCGACGCUCCUCAAGGCGGUGCGCGAGACGACCUUCCGCGGACUCGCCGGGAACUUCGCCCUCGUCGACGGGCAGCGGCAGCCUCCGGAGUACGAGUUCGUCAGCAUCGUCGGGAAAAGCUCGAGGGCGGUGGGGUUCUGGACGCCGGAGGCUGGGAUCACACAGACUCUGGGCGCCGACGGCGCCAAGGGGCUGAAGAAAAUCCUUUGGCCAGGUGAUUCCAUAUCCUCCCCAAGAGGCUGGGUCGUGUCGCCGAACGGACGGCAGCUUCGCGUCGCCGUGCCGGUGAAGCAUGGGUUCAAGGAGUUCGUCGGCGUCCAAAGGGACUCGACCAACCGAACUGCAAACAUCACAGGAUACUGCAUCGAGGUGUUCGACGCGGUCAUCGGCAAGUACAUGCCGUAUCCAGUGAGCUACCAGUACGUGCCAUACGAUUAUAGCUCCGAGUCCUACGACAACCUCGUGUCCCUGGUGCCGGAACAGAGGGCGGACAUCGUCGUCGGUGACGUGACAAUCACGGCGAGCAGGAUGGGCAAGGUGGACUUCAGCAUGCCGUUCACGGACUCGGGGUGGUCGAUGGUGGUGGCGGUGCGCACGGAGACGAGCACGAGCAUGUGGAUCUUCCUGCAGCCGCUGACCACCAGCCUGUGGCUCGCCAGCCUCGCCUUCUUCUGA